AUGAAUUCCUCGAUGUGUUGUCUGGACAAACACUUCAGCCAACGCCUUCGCAUGUACAUGCAGGCACACAACUUCGACGCCGAUGCCUUGCUACCCGGAGGGCAACUGCAUGGCGUGGUGAUGUGUACGCGUGGUCGCGGACACUCGAUUGCAGCUAUGGCCGCUGGCAAGUUCAUUUUGACCGAAAUCCAGAAAGAGCAUCAGCAACACUGUGUGGCGGAAUGCCUGCGCAAGUACGCAGACGAUGUUGAUGCAACAGGACAAGCAAGAUUGCCGGGUGAGACAGCCGAACAGGUUAUGAAAUUGGAGGCAGAGCGCGUGAACAAGCAGGAGCACGACAAUGCUGCAAUGGCCGCCGCCUCUGCCAAUGCCAGCAGCGCAGAUAUUGUUCAUCAAAUGGACAGGCCAGACAGGCCUGUUGAACAGACUCCUGCGUUUGAUCUUGCCGGCAUCGCAGGCGAGCAUUUUGCGAUCUCCGAGGAGCGUGUAGACAAGGAUCGAUGUAACUACAGAGGCAACUGGGUUGUAGACAGACACAACAACUUCUGCGAGAAAUAUGGUCAGGUUAUGAUCUGUGAGAGUGCCGCAGGGGACGGUGCAGCAGACGUCGAACCAGAUGACACAUCAUGCCAGGCAGUGUAUUGUCCAGGCAUUUGUUGCAAGCAGGUUGCACGUGUCAAGGAACGAUAUGAUGCCCUGAAGCUUGAGUGCAAUAGCUUGUUGCGACAGCUCAGAUCUGUCAGGAGGGAGAAGGGAUAUGUCCCUUACCACGGCGUGUUGUUGGUGCUAGACGGUGUCGCCGGCAGCACCAAGAUUCUCGAGUUGCAUCUGCUGUGUCGGGUCUCGUUUUCUCCAUUCGGUUUUACGGCGGUACAGAUGGACCUGCAGCCGGGGUCACAGCUGCCGGUGCAUGCGACCACCAUGCUGUCAGAAGGCGUCGCUGUCAUGAGAGACAUGUCCCAGCUUUUGUAUGAUUUGGCCUCAAAUCCAUCUGUGACACUUGGGACUGCCCCCUACAAGGCAGUUUCUUUACAAACGAUUGUGGUGGAGAACUCGGUGUCACGCUUGUCGGAUGUAUUUCGGGCUCGGGCUCCUGUUGGCUUGAUGGGCGAGGAGGGUAGUGACACAGAUGCUGAAGAUGCAGCGAUUUCCAAGGUGAGUGGGCUUUUGAAGCGCGUGUUCAGCACGAAAGCUAAAGCUAAAGCCCCCCCACGUGCCAAGAAAAAACAACGCACUUCGAGCACACCAGGCGAACGUGUUGUGACGACACCAGUGGCAGUGUGUGAUCGAGUGGAUGCUGAGAUUGAGCAGAGCUGGUCGAAGGCGCUCGCCGAUGAUGCAGGUGCUGUGCCGGAGCCCACAUCAUCGGCCUCCUCCUCGUCGAGAGCGCCGAGACGGCGACAACAUGAGGAGUCUCGUGCGCAACAGGCAGCACAGCAAGGUGCGGGGGCGGGGACAUCAGGUGGUGCAGUCGGGGUGGUCGGUGCUGCUCCUGGCGACCCAUACGUUCCUUGGAAAGACAGUGCUGGACACUGCUGGAUUGUUGCAAAGUCCAACGUGCCACCUGUCACGGAUGAGCUGAAGAAGUUAUACUUGGGCUCCUGGGCUUUUCUGUUCUGUGAGCUGGUCCGGUGUUGCUUGUACUUUGCAGUUAUUUGCAAUCAUAUGAAAUGUGAUGAUGCUGCAGGCAGAAUUACAGAGGUGAGGCCGGGAACUUCAUCACAUGGAGUCAGCAUACGAUGCAGUUUCUCGGGCGCAAGAGCUGUGUGA